AUGACAGCCGCAACACCGCAGCUGCGGCCACCGGGGGUGUGCGUCGCCGUCGGAAUCUGGUUUCUGCUCGUCUACUUCUCGCGGAACAAUCUCCAGUCCGAACAAAGCCAACAAGGAGAGCUAUCCUGUGUAAAAACGUACCCACCCCAGAGUCAAGUUGGGAACCCAGCAACACAAAUCCAGAAGUUUUGGGAGCCACGCAUGACAAGUUGCAGUCCGCAGUGUAGUGCAUGUUAGCAAGGGCAACGGCAUCACAAAUCCACCUGCUUAUCCUGUUUGCAGCAUUACAAAUGCCAAAACACGAUUGGAAAUGCCUGUCAUGGGGAAGCGCAUUACAAGCGUUCCUGUCAUUGCAAAUCUGCGUGAUAACUCUGGUGUGGGGACGUUUUUACUCAGGAUAAGAGCGGACCGGUGUUGCGUGUAACCGCUACCGCUUGUUUCAGCAUGCGGAGGCUCCUUCGCCGUAUUCUGCGUAAAAACGUCCGCGCCCCAGAGUCAAGAUGGGAAAUCUGCUACACAAAUCAACCCGCCUUGGUUGUUUCGCAUGACAAGUUUGUGCUCGUAGUGUAAUCCUGUUAUAGCUAGUUCCGAAGCAUCACAGGUCUAGCAUAUCAUGCUGAUUCUAGCAUCACAAAUCCCAUAACGCGCCUAGAAAAUGGCACUCAUGGGGCUCCGCAUCAGAAACUUUUUUCUUUUUGGCAUGCAGAUUUGCAUGACAAAAAUUCUGGGGUGGGGACGUUUUUACUCAGAAUACGCCGCCUGCUGUAAUUAUACAACCGCCGCCAGCGGGUGGAGUUCCGCACGAAACCAGCCCAGACACGACGACCAACCAGGCAGCGGCAGCAGAGACGCGGAACACGAACAAAGCAGUAGAGCAGCUGCCUACAUAUUCCAGUAGUACAACGCGGCCAAUGGAAGUUGUGCGUAGUACAGAUGAACAAGAUCAUAAACGUACUAGACCUGCUGGAGGAGUAGUACAACAGCCAGAGGGUUCAUCAUCUCCUGCUAGUACAGCAGCUUCUACUUCACCUACUCCGGGGCGAGUCCGGCACGUGGUUUUCUACUCGGCCAAGAUGUUUACGCCCGGGCAGGACGGCGUGCGCCAGGUGAUCGACAGAAAUGCCAUCUUCGUGUGGCGCUGGCUGUCGCAGGUGUAUUCUCCUAUCGGACGAAAAAAGUGUUUCACUCCGAGGAUUUUGCAAGUUUUGCAUCACUUCUUGCUCUACAUCACAAAGAAAAUUUUCGACGCGAUAUUCCAAAGGGAAGACACAGCUAAAAAUCCAUUGUCUUGCAUGUGUAGCAAGACAAACACUUCUCAUAUGCAUUUUCUGCAUUACAAGUCUACAGUGAAACAGUGUUUUUCUUGCGAUAUCUCCGUCCCUUCAAGUAAUCGACUUCUCCAACCGGACCGACGUAGUGGCAGACGUGGGAGACUAUGCAGUGCAAAUAUGUCUGGGUCUGGAAGGGUGAAACUUGUAAUGCUGUCUGCGGAAUCUAAAAAUGUCUGUGUUGCAUGAGCAGCAAGAGAAGUCCAGUUCUUGGCACGCGGAGAGAGCAUUUCUUAUGCGUGAUAAGCAUCAAGAAGCCCUCAAAAAAUCUGUGAUGCUAGGAUCUGCAUCACAGACCUCACGGGUCAUGCAAAAUGUGCAUGACAAACCCCGACUCUUCCAGACAUCCAGGAAUAUUUGCAGUUGAUAGAGACAAGGUUCCCACGAUCCCGAAAAUGUACCGGGUCGCCAUGGCGACCUUUCCGACAGCGGAAACCUUUACCUACGUGAACUCUAUGCAAGAAAAAAACUGUGUAAGUGUAAAUCUGUGAUGGAGAAUUAUGUAAAACAGUUAGCACUUGUCAUGCUAGAUCUGCGUCAUAGACUACUAUCGUACGUGUUUCCACUGAUACUAGCUACGCAUGACAGGUUUAUUUCCCUGUAUAUGCAAAGCGAAUUUGUGAUGCAGCUCUUCCUACAAAGUUACACUUACACAGUUUUUUUCCUGGAUAAACUCCGACAUUCUGCCGUCCACCUGGUUUGUGAAAACCGCUGACUUCCUAUCCUAUGUAAAAACUACGUCCCCACACGACCAGAGUCAACAUGGGAAGUCUGCAACACAAAUCCCUAACUUUUGGGAGUUCUGCAUGACAGGUUUCCAUCUGCAGCAUCGUGCUGGCUAGCAAGGAAAGUCGCAUGAAAAAUAACAAUAAGCCGUUUGCUUCUCAUCCUGUUUACAGCAUUACAAAUGGUGCCAAAGCACGACUGGAAAUAUAAAUAUGCCUCUCAUGGAGAUGCGCAUUCCAAAUAGAUUCCUGUGAUUGCGCAGGUGCAUGACAACUUUGGGUGGGGACGUUUUUACACAGGAUACUUCCUCGCGGAUACUUAUCGGAACUCGGGCACCGAGUUUCUGGCGGUGGGGAUACGCCGCAACCUGAAGUGGCAGAAGUAUCCAAGAAACAAACUGUGUAAGUGUAAAUUUGUGUUGCAGAAAAUGCAACACUGUUACACUUGUCAUGCUGGACAUUCAUCAGAGGCAAUUUUCGUGCGUGUUUUCACGUACUAGCUACUCAUGACAGGUUUUCUGUGUCAUGCAGAGCAAACUUGUGAUGCCAUUCCCUCAAGAAACUUACACUUACACAGUUUUUUUCCUGGAUAAGAAGGAGUGGGAUUUUGCGCAGAUGAACGACGGGACAACUGGAACAACAAUAGGAAAUAACGCAAAUAGUAAAAAUGAUAUCAUCAAGGCCCCGCCUCAUGUAAUCGCGUCGCCCACCGCCGCCGAGCUUGCCGCUCGGGCAAACUCCACUUUGAAAGAGUGUGGUGUUGACCUGACCACCGCACUGCGUAGCUGGAAGUGCGCCCCCAACGGUGGCGUACUCGCGCAGGACUACUUUGUGGCCUCGCGCAACAUCUGGGACUGGAACCGUAUCCCGGAGUUCCAGAUUGGUCGGGUAUCAAAUGCAAAUAUCUUCCCUGGAUGUCUGGAUGAUCAAACAUGGAUGCCAGGUUUAUUGUCAUGCAUAUGUAGCUGCAUGACCCAUCACGCUAGUAAUGCAUGACGUAGCAUCACAGAUUUUUAGAACCCUUCCUGAUGCCUAUCCCGCAAAUGAAAUAUGCCCUCCCCGCGAAGCACAAACUGCCAACUCCUAUUACAGCAGUGUUUUAUGCAAUACAGAUUUUUUUAGGUUGCAAAGACAGCAUCGCAAGUUGCACCCUUCUCCAGGGGUCCAGACAUAAUUUUUGCAGUUGAUAUCGGGUGGGAUACGACAACUGGCUCGUCGAUCGCGCGUUUCACGCGCACCCAAAAGUUGCCUUGAUAGACAUCGCCCCCUCCUGUCCCAUGAUCCACCAGAAUGGCCGGUUUGGCGGUAGCGAGGGGUGGCACGGCCACAACAAAAAGGACCUGCUGGUCAACUACAAACUUGCUAUUGCGAGGAAGCAUUCUCUCUCCCCAUAUGGACCGUUUUUGACAAUGUGUAUUGCUGAUAUGAGCCCACCAAUCGUCUCUGUGUUGCAUGAAGGCUUUUCCACGGGCUCCGCCGCAUUCUACAGGCGGCUUGUCAUGCUGUUGCUCCUACAGCGUAGACGUCUGUCAUGCUAAGCGCCUAGGAACAAAACCUCUCCGCUCCGGCUUGCUAUGGGCCUGCGGUCCUCGUUAGCAAGACAAAUCUGAUUUGUGUACGCAAAUCCAGCACGAGAAACUUAUGAAGAGGGGGGAUUUUUCAUUCUGAUACUUGCCGCCCGGCACGCCAAGGCCAACCACGAACCCGGACACUACUUUGCGCACGGCAGCACCGGGCUAUGCCAGAAAAAAACUCUGUGAGUGUAAGUCUGUGAUGCAGAAAAUGCAAAACUGUAUACUCUUGUCAUGCUGGAUCAGGAUCUACUGCGUAGUUAGAGGCUACUUUCCUACGUGUUUCCACCUACUAGCUGCGCAUGACAAGUAGUUUUCCCUGUAAUGCAAAGCGACUUUGUGAUGCUGCUCUUCCUUACAAAGUUACACUUACACACUUCUUUUCCUGGAUAUGGGCUCGCCCGAAAACGCACCUGCAUCGACGAUAUCAAAUGCAAAAAUGUCUGGGUCUGGAAGAUUCUCAGACUUGUCAUGCACGGUUUGCAUGAGCCAUGAUGUCUGUGAUGCAUGCCAUAGUAUCACAGGACUUUUGACGAGGGAUUCUUGAUGCCUAUCCCGCAUGACAAAUGCCCUCUCCGCGCAGCAAAAACUAGAAUCCUUUUGCUGCUCAUGCAACACAAAUUUUUUAGACAUCUUCCAAAUGCAGCAUCACAAGUCGCAUUCUUCCAGACCCAGACACUUUUGCAUUUGAUAGACGAAGUGACGGAGAGUGUCAUUUUUUGUAAGAAAAAGAAGCAAUAA